AUGACUUUGAUACGAUCUGAGCUAGGAAUUACGAUUAUUCCUGGCAAAUUGUAUAUGCAUUGUCUUCAGGAAAAGCCAAAAGAUAAUAUUUGUGAUCAUUAUUUCAACUAUGAUGAAAUUCCAGCCUUAGUAUUCGAAGCAAUGUCUAGAGAAAACGGUCCUCCAUCACUUCAUCAAAUUACAGAAUUUAUUAAAGUUAUUAAAGAUAAAUUAACUAAAAUUAACAAACAAAUUCACAUAUGUGUCUCAUUAGCAGCCGAAUCACGUGUUAAUUGCAUGUUUCUUAUAUGUGCUAUGAUACUUCUCGAACGUGAUUUCAUAAAUAGCUUUUUAGGCCAGCAAAACAAUCAACAAUACGUCGCAAAAUGGGGAAAACCAAAACCAAGAAAAAUGCCAGACUAUGACGAUCCUAUUUCUAUAUUUAAAGAUGUAUAUCCACCAAUAGAAGAGUUUGAAGAUGCUACAGCUUCUCCAUUUACCAUUUCUUUGUCAGAUGCACUUAAUGGCUUCAUCAAGGGUGCAAAACUUGGAUGGUACUCCCAAACAAGUUUUGAUUCUGAAGUCUAUAACUUCUAUUUACAACCAGAAAAUGGCUUUAUGACCUGGAUUGUUCCAAAUCGUUUGCUGGUUUUAUCUGCACCAGGCGUCGCAGACUCUCCUCUUUUAUUUGAUAUGCUCCCUCUGUUCAGAAAAUGGCACAUUUACACAGUUGUUUCAUUUACUACAGAAUUACGAGGUGCUGAGGAUUUAACACGCAUUGGAAUAGAACAUCUUACAUUGGAUACUCCACAGGACUCACUUCCAUCCAUUUCUGACGUAAUUAAAUUUUGUGAUUUAUGCGACCAAGGUCAUCCAGUUGCCAUUUGCUCAUUAAAUGGACUUGGAAGAGGCCCCAUGUUUGGCGCUGCAUGGCUUAUAAGAAGAUUCGGCUUCCAUCCAAAAGAAGCAAUUGGAUGGAUCAGAUGCGUCAGACAAGGAUCAAUAUAUGGUGUCCAACAAGAUUUCUUGAUGAGAAUAGAUCGAUCUUUCAAUCCAGAUUCUGUCCAAACUGCACCAGCAAAAUCUGGUCCAACUUUAUCUCUUAAAUCAAGAAAAAAUCAGACAACAAGCAUCACAAGUAAACCACAAUCAAGACUUGGAACAGCUGGUAAAACAAUUUCUACAAUGAACUCUCCUUCCAAAAGAAAACCUGUAAUUGUAAUGUAA